AUGCGACCCGCCAUCGUUUUCGUGCACCUGGCGUGCUGCCUCGCGCUCUGCAUCGCCUUCUACCCCUUCCAGCCGGCUUGGCUCCAGGAAAAGGCGAAUGCUCGUGCUCUUCAGCGAGACGGGAACGACUACGGAAACGGUGCAGCCGCCGCUCGAGGUGUUACCCUCGAAAUCGAGCAGCGAGCCCGCCAUGGUUUCAACUCGCCCGCCGAAAGAGCUGAACGGGAUGCCGGCCUUCUUGCUCGUAAAUACGGUGGCCCUCGUUCAAGCGAGAUGAACACUAAUGGCGCUGUGACUAAAAGGAUGAACCAGUACCGCGUUCAAGAGGCCGUCGCCUCCGAGCAGCCUCUGACGGCCGGCAUUGACCAGGACGGCACCGACUACGCCUACUUCAUCAAGGUUGAACUCGGCUCCAAGCGUCAGCCGCUCUACAUGCUCCUCGACACGGGUGCAGGGUCCAGCUGGGUCAUGGGCUCGGGCUGCACGGACAAGGCUUGCGCUCAGCACGACACCUUCAAGUUUGCUGCUUCUGACACUUUCCACGCCACAUCCAAGGACUUUUCUGUCACUUAUGGUUCUGGGGCUGUCCAAGGAAAAUUAGCUUCCGACACCUUGACCGUGGCUGGCGUCACCUUCGACUACUCGUUUGGCCUCGCCUCCACCACCUCGAGCGACUUCAUGAGUUUUCCCUUUGACGGCAUUCUCGGACUGUCCAUGAGCCGCGGGUCCAACGACAACUUUCUCGAGAAGAUGACUGCAGCCCACAAGCUCGAAAAAAACAUCUUCUGCGUGACUCUAAAUCGUGCGGCCGAUGGCCUCAACCAGGGUGAGAUCAAGUUUGGCUCCACCAACCCUGCCAAGUUCACGGGUGACAUCACCUACACGCCUCUGAGCUCCGAGGAGGGCGAGUGGGCCAUCCAGAUCGAUGACAUUGCAUUCGAUGGCAAGAAGGCAGAGGUUGGCGGUAUCAUGAGCUACAUUGACACCGGCACCUCUUUCAUCUUUGGCCCCAUGGACAAGGUUGAAAAGAUUCAUCGCCUCAUUCCCGGCGCCAAGAGCCCCAACGGGCAGAUCUAUACUGUGCCGUGCGACAUGGACAAGGCACUGACUUUCACCUUUUCCGGAGUCGAUUACAAAGUCUACCCCCAAGACUGGAUCUCGCCCAAGAACGCGGCGGGCGAGUGCACAAGCAAUUUGUAUGGCCACGAUGUUGCCAAAGGCUCCUGGCUCAUUGGCGACACGUUCCUCAUGAACGUGUACAGCGUCUUUGACAAGGACGAGAAGCGCAUUGGAUUCGCCAACCUCGCCAGCUCGGACUCCAAGUCGGCGAGCUCGUCUGGCUCCGGGCCCAUCAAGACCACCAUGGGCACCGCGUCGUCGACAGCCACGCCUUCCGCCGCCACCCACCAAGCCGACAAUCCCCAGUCGUCGGGCAACCCAGCCGGUGCCGUGGGCGGUCAGGAGACGCCGUCCGGUGUUGACGAGGGUAAACCCAAGGAAACGUCGGAUUCGGCGGCAAUUGGCGACCAUUCGCGCGUCAAGUCGCAAGCGGUCGUGGCCACGCUCAUGGCAGCCCUCGUCGUCGUGUUCGCUUAA